GAUUUAAUGAUAAUGUAGGUUUGUUUUGGUUGUCAGUCAGCUGUUGGACGAACUUGACAUAAGAAUUGUCGCUAUUUAACAAUCUGAAAUAAUUGGCGAAUUUUCAAUUUAUUACCAUGGAUUGUUACAACCGGGGCUUUUGAUAGUUUCUUAAAUGAAUACUGAACACAGAAUGAUGGAAGGAGGUGUGGUUGGGAGUGUUCCUCCCGUUGCACCACCCACUGUUAAACUGAAAUGGGCAGAACAUCUCAAUACAAGCUGGCUUGCUGAAGAUUGUCAGGCAAUUGCUCUAAGGGAUGCAGCCUUAGCACUGUAUGAUCGCCUCUUAGAAAACAAAGAAGUGGUUGUUGUAGCUGGGCCAGGCUGUGUCAUGCGAGGUGGACCCCAGCUGCCAGAUUAUGAACCAGAGCCACCAUCUUCUGGAGAUCAGCUGAAUCAUGUUAAUGCUCUUCUUGCCUCACAAGCAGCUCUUGCCCGAUCCACAGCAGCACAACCUCGUUUCUCAGCCCUGUUACAUAAGCGUCUGAUUGUGCUCCAGCGAAUUUAUCAUGCCCUUUCUCGUAGCUUUCACCAAGGAUCCAGGAAUAGGGAUCGUGCUCUGACUGGGACAAGUGACAGAGGACCAACUACUGACCUGCAAGGAAGUGGUGCAUCAUUGUCUGCAAAUGAGGCAUUGAUUGAACUAGGCGUUCGAACUGGUCUUUCUCUUCUUUUUACAAUUUUGAGACAAGGAUGGAUGAACAACAGUGGGAGCCUAUGUUCAGAAGUUCUUGGGACAGCUGUGUCAGUGGUUCAAGCAUUGCCACCACUGUCUCUUGCAGUUGAGUCAAAAUUACCUCGUGUUGGAUUGGCAUCUCUCUCUCAGCUCACGUCUUUUCUUGGAGAAACUGCAAAACCUUCAUCUCCAGCUGAUGCGACAGGUCGCAAGCUGAGUGCAGAGUUGCUGUUGGGAUUAAGUUUACAAAGAGGUAGCUUGAGGUAUUUACUUGAGUGGGUGCAUAUGGCCCUCAGUGCUGCCUCUUCUGCUCAGAAGCCCAGUGAUGAUGUACCCAGAGAUGCUGAGCGUGAUGGGACAUGCAUAAGCAGCAGGUGCUUGCAAGAUGUGAUGAGUUCUUUGGCUCACAGUGGAGAAAAUGGGACUGAACAGCUUGCAGGAGUUGUUCAUGAUGAUUCUACAGUGCCUCUCUAUCAGGCUGCCCUUAUUCUUAUGGAAAAAUUAUCACAUAUGGCCUGUGAGUAUGCUCGUACCUGCAUUGGGGAUUCUUGUGAAGAAACAAAUGAUACAAAUGAAUCCUGUGAUGUCUUUGUUUGGGGAAGCAACUCCUCUCACCAAUUAGCUGAAGGUACUCAAGACAAAAUCUUAUCUCCAAAACUCACCCAUGCUUUCAACAGUGUUCAACAGGUUGAAGCAGGCCAGUAUUGUACUUUUAUUGUUCAUACUGAUGGUGGCAUCAGUGCUUGUGGGAAAGGUAGCUAUGGACGCCUAGGCCUGGGAGAUUCAAACAAUCAAACCUCACCCCGUAGAUUAAAUCUUGAUGCUGGAGUUCGAAGAGUGUCGUCAUCCAAAGGCAGUGAUGGUCACACAAUUGCACUUUCAACUGCUGGCCAAGUUUACACUUGGGGUGAUGGGGAUUAUGGAAAAUUAGGUCAUGGAAACAAUGUAACUCAAAAAUAUCCUAGAGCCAUAGCUGGGCCACUGUGUGGAAAGAUAGUACGGUGGGUGUCGGCUGGAUAUAGGCACUCUGCGUGUGUUACACAGGAAGGAGAGUUAUACACUUGGGGAGAAGGGGACUAUGGCCGCCUUGGACAUGGGGAUAGCACAAGUCGUAAUAUCCCAACAUUAGUAAGGGAUAUAUCAGGUGUUGGACAGGUGGUUUGUGGUAGUGCUCAUACACUAGCAUUGUCUGCAGAUGGAAGAACUGUGUGGUCAUUUGGCUCUGGUGACCAUGGUAAGCUUGGCCAUGGUGACACUGCUAAGGUCUAUCGUCCACGUGUAAUUGAGGCACUUCAGGGCUUAACCAUACGGAAGCUCUCCACAGGAACUCAUGUCUCCUUUGCUCUUGCAGCUCAUGGGCAGGUCCAAGGAGGUGACACAGCUCAUUUUCAGGUUUGGGUGUGGGGUUCUGGACCCUGUCUGGCUCUGGGAUCAGCUGAGGCAACCAUGCUUAGACCACGUCCAAUAGAAGAGUUGGCAGGACUAAGGAUUGUAGAUAUAUCUGCUGGAGAUUCGCAUGCUCUUGCCUUAACACAUGAAUCUGAGGUAUAUGCUUGGGGUUCCAACACAAUGGGUCAGUGUGGCCAAGGCCACACUUUAUCUCCUAUAACUCGACCAAAGAAAGUUAUGGGUCUUGAUGCUGCUGUACACCAAAUAAGUGCUGGCACUACACAUUCAAUUGCUUGGACAGCCAUCCCUACUGAUAGGCGAGUUGUUUCUUGGCAUCGACCAUUUUGUGUUGACCUUCAAGAGGGAACUUUCUCACUCCUUCGUACAUUCAUCGAGCAGUAUUGUAUUUUUGAUGACCCUGAGCAACCAGUUACACCAUUUGCAUCCCUAAGAGAUCAAGAAAAAUUUGUUUCCUUAUGUCUGCAGCUUCUCAAUACACAUUUAUCACUUGCAUUGACUGGUGGUAUGACACAGGCAGUCCUUGGUUCAGAGGCUACAUCUCUGCGGGAACUUCUUUUCAGGUUAGUUGAUGCGAAAUUACCACGUGCCAUUGAAGCUGGAGUUUGUGAAGGUUUAAGUUCGCCUUUGCUUUUGCCACCUUUGGCAUCACGUAUGGGUCUCUUGUACACGUUACUUCCAAAAUCACCAGAGGACUGGGGUCAGCUUUCUAGAGGUCAGCGGCUGCAGCUUGGCAUCUUGGUAAUUAGCUUAGAAGAUCACAGUCAUGUGGCCGGUCUUCUUGGCUAUAGUUCUUCGGAGGAGAACUCUGCGUGUUCGUAUGAAACGUCCUCCAAAAAACACUUCCAAGAGAUCUCAUGCAUACAACUUUCUUGCUAA